CUGCAGUGGCUCCCUGCGGCACAGCCACAGACGCAGGAGGUGGGCUGGAGUUGCCUCGGUAACGUUGGUGCUGCUGCAGGAAUGUUUUUGGUCCCUAUACCAGGAAAACCAGCCCUGGAUUUGCAGGAGGAUGAGGGCUAUUCGGAGUCGCCAGACCUGGAGUUUGAAUAUGCAGACACGGAUAAAUGGACAGCAGAGCUGUCGGAGCUGUACAGCUACACGGAGGGACCAGAGUUCCUGCUCAACCGAAAAUGCUUUGAGGAGGACUUCAGGAUCCACAGUAAGAGCCUUUUUCUGGAUUCUUCCACCCCUGGGGAGGGACAGGGAUUUCUCUUCCUGGAGAAUGCCAGAGCUCACUGGGGGUCCUCCCGAGGGCAGCUCUGUGUCACCCCAGUUGUGCAGAGCUGGAAUGGGUUACCCCAAGAGGGCAGUUCCAUCCUCUGCAUCCCAGUUUUCCCUCAGUCUGAGGGGUGUGUUUCCCACACAGGGUGCUGUGGGGGAUCCUGGGGCUGGGAUCAGGUGUUUCCCACACACACAGGGUGCUGUGGGGAUCCCUGGGGCUGGGAUCAGGUGUUUCCCACACACACAGGGUGCUGUGGGGGAUCCCUGGGGUCUCAGCAGAGUCUCCUCACAGGCACCUUCGGGGAGUGCAGCUCCGAGGCCGAGGUGCAGGCCUGGAUGAGGUACAACAUCUUCCUCCUGCUGGAAGUGGGAACCUUCAACGCCUUGGUGGAGCUGCUCAACAUGGAGAUUGACAACAGCGCAGCCUGUUCCAGUGCCGUGAGGAAACCGGCCAUUUCCCUGGCUGACAGCACUGACCUCAGGGUGCUGCUGAACAUCAUGUACCUGAUUGUGGAGACUGUGCGCCAGGAGGCCGAGGGGGACAAGCCUGAGUGGAAGAGCAUGAGGCAAACCUUCAGAGCAGAGCUGGGAGCCCCUCUGUACAACAAUGAGCCCUUCUCUGUCAUGCUUUUUGGGAUGGUGACCAAAUUCUGCAGUGGCCAUGCUCCACACUUCCCCAUGAAGAAGGUGCUGCUUCUGCUCUGGAAGACUGUGCUGUGCACCCUGGGAGGCUUUGAGGAGCUGCAGAGCAUGAAGGCAGAGAAGAGGGAGGUGCUGGGGCUGCCCCCCCUGCCCGAGGACAGCAUCCAGGUGAUCCGCAGCAUGCGCGCGGCCUCGCCGCCCGCCUCCGCCUCCGACCUCAUCGAGCAGCAGCAGAAACGCGGCCGCAGGGAGCACAAGGCCCUCAUUAAGCAGGAUAACCUCGAUGCCUUCAACGAGCGGGAUCCGUACAAAGCCGAUGACUCCCGUGAGGAAGAGGAGGAGAAUGAUGAUGACAACAGCCUGGAGGGAGAGACCUUCCCCCUGGAACGGGAUGAAGUCAUGCCCCCCCCUACCCAGCACCCCCCCAGCGACCGCAUCACCUGCCCCAAAGGGCUGCCCUGGGCCCCCAAGGUCCGGGAGAAGGACAUUGAGAUGUUCCUGGAAUCCAGCCGCAGCAAAUUCAUUGGCUACACGCUGGGCAGUGACACCAACACCGUGGUGGGCUUGCCCAGGCCCAUCCAUGAGAGCAUCCGCACCCUGAAGCUGCACAAGUACACAUCCAUUGCUGAGGUGCAGGUGCACAUGGAGGAGGAGUACCUGCGCUCCCCGCUCUCCGGAGGGGAAGAGGAGGUGGAGCAAGUGCCUGCAGAGAUCCUGUACCAGGGCCUGCUGCCCAGUCUGCCCCAGUACAUGAUUGCUCUGCUGAAGAUCCUGCUGGCUGCAGCCCCCACCUCCAAAGCCAAGACAGACUCCAUCAACAUCCUGGCAGAUGUCCUGCCGGAGGAGAUGCCGACCACGGUGCUGCAGAGCAUGAAGCUGGGCGUGGAUGUCAAUCGGCACAAGGAGAUCAUUGUCAAGGCCAUCUCUGCCGUGCUGCUGCUCCUGCUCAAGCACUUCAAGCUCAACCACAUCUACCAGUUUGAGUACAUGGCCCAGCACCUGGUCUUUGCCAACUGCAUCCCGCUCAUCCUCAAGUUCUUCAACCAGAACAUCAUGUCCUACAUCACUGCCAAGAACAGCAUCUCCGUGCUGGACUACCCCUACUGUGUUGUGCACGAGCUGCCAGAGCUGACAGCAGAGAGCCUGGAAGCUGGAGACAACAACCAGUUCUGCUGGCGGAACCUCUUCUCCUGCAUCAACCUGCUGCGCAUCCUGAACAAGCUGACCAAGUGGAAGCAUUCCCGCACCAUGAUGCUGGUGGUGUUCAAGUCGGCGCCCAUCCUGAAGCGGGCUCUGAAGGUGAAGCAGGCCAUGAUGCAGCUCUACGUGCUGAAGCUGCUCAAGGUGCAGACCAAGUACCUGGGCAGGCAGUGGAGGAAGAGCAACAUGAAAACCAUGUCAGCCAUUUACCAGAAAGUGCGGCACCGCCUCAACGACGACUGGGCCUAUGGCAACGACCUGGAUGCCCGUCCCUGGGAUUUCCAGGCGGAGGAGUGCGCCCUGCGUGCCAGCAUCGAGCGCUUCAACGCGCGGCGCUACGACCGCGCCCACGGCAACCCCGACUUCGUGCCGGUGGAUAACUGCCUGCAGAGCGUGCUGGGCCAGAGGGUGGAGCUGCCCGAGGAGUUCCAGGUCAACUACGACCUCUGGCUGGAGAGGGAGGUCUUCUCCCGGCCCAUCUCCUGGGAGGAGCUGCUGCAGUGAUGGCCGGGGCACGGGGCGGCGGGAGGGGAGGCGUGGAGAGCUCGAGGCUGGCACGGGGCAGCGAGGUUUGGGGGUCUGGGUGGCUGUGCUGCUCUGGUGGGCUUGGGACCACAUCCUGCCCCUCUGCCUCCUCCCAGGCUCAUCCCAAAGCCGGGGGUGCCCUGGGGGUUUGCUGUUGGAUGGGGGGGUCUCUGCCCAGCCCCUGUGACGCUUUCAGAGGCACCGCCCUUGUCGUGCCCCCCCAGCCAAGAAGAGGAGCAGGUGGCAGUGUGGGAGCAGGGUGGGACACCAGGCUGGCCCUGCCCAGCCCCUCUGGGGGGGCCUGAGGGGCUGGGGGGGCCUCCCCUCGGCCCAGGAGGGGUGCAGGAGCUGUACAUAUAUUAUAUAUAUUUGGUGAUACCUCU